AUGACUUCGACACACUCCAUCACGCGACUCUUUGGCGGCCUUUCGCUGCUGCCGACAUCGACUCCGCGCACAACGACCACCAUGCUCUCAAACACAGCUCGAUCUUUCGCCACGACGCCCGCCUCGCUCGCCCGCAAGGCGACACCGCAAAUGAUGAAAAAGGGCGGCGCGGCGGGCAAGUUCAAGCCCUCGACGCCGAAGCGCAAGGCCAAGGGCCGGUCGACGGGCCUGACGGAGAGCGCGAAAAAGGUGCGCACGCUCAAGCAAAACAUGUUUUCACCCGCGCCGCCCCCGCUGCGCAUGGCCCGCCAGCGACACCUGCGCCACUGGACCAUCCACCGCGCGUGGCAGCUGUUUCGCCGCCAGCAGCACGAGGCGCAGCACAAGGAGCGCAGCCGCAUGCAGGCGGGCAUGUGGAACGCGUGCGAGGCGCUGCGGACGGCCACGGGCCCGGGCGAGCGCGGCGAGGGGUACCUGUACCGCGUGGCCAUGGAGAAGAAGGGCGUGUGGAACGGCGACGCGAUUCCGAUUGAGUAUGCGCGUAUGCAGACGGAGACGCCAGCGGCCGAGGCGUGGAACCACGAGUGGAAGCGGUAA